CCUGCCCUUGGAAGGGGGAGCAACCUGGCCGCCAUGUCCGACCAUCAAAAGCUGCUCUUCUCCUGCUGUCAGAAUGUUCUUCUCAACCUUCCCUCCUCGCUCUGCCUGAUUCCAUCAAUUCCAGGCAGUUCUAUCUUCGUGUCUCUGCCCUCCGUGUUUUUUUCAUGUACCAAUGCUGCCUUCCAUCGCUUUCUUCCUGUCCCUGACUUGACCACACUCGCUGCUACUGACUCUCCUUUCUCCCUUUGACUCCCCCGUAUAGGCUGCACAGGGCUCUUUGCGCAAGGGCUUUCGACAACAAUGUUCAGCAGCAAGAGACCGCAACAAUCAAACAGCUUCUCCUCUCGCUAUGGGACAAGCAAGUCCACAAAGCCCAAGUCCUCCUUCCGAGAGCAAUCCGUUACCCGAGGUCUCCAGCGCUCCGAGUCGAUGAGGUCUCAUAGAAGGGAACACAGUACUCAUACAAGCCCACCAGUUGGGAGCACCCUCACCUCCGCCAUCAUCACCAUCUGCGUUGGUCCCGAGCAGAGACUCUUUGCCGGCCACGAAGAAGUCCUCUCGCGCUCCCCCUUCUUCGAAGCUGCCUGCAAGGGCCAGUUCUUUGAAUCCAACGCCAGAAGGAUCAACUUGCCUGACGAACAGCCAGAGAUCCUGUCUGCUGUUCUGGAAUACCUCUACAGAGGAGACUACUAUCCGAAGUUGCUGCAUAACAAGAAAAAGGAUACCUGGGAAUUGGAAGACGAGGCCAAUGGGUCCAAUGUGACCAUAUAUCAUCAUGGCGCCAAACAGACCUUGAUGAGGGAUACAGUCAUUUACUGUUCGGCCGAAUUGUAUGGCCUUGAAGAACUUAAACGCCUUGCCCUUCGCAAACAAGGCCUGCGACAAGGCAUGCAGAUCUCUACCAUCCUUGCCUCGGCGCGCUAUGCUUACAGCCACACCCCUGACUCUGACUCGAAGCUUCGAGCCCAAUACCUCACCUUGAUCAUCCGUAGCCGCAACAACUUCAAGAAGAGCGGCACCAUGAAGGUCGAAAUGGAGCAAGGCGGCACCUUGUUCUUUGAUCUUUUCGUUGCUAUGUGCAACCAUAUGGACGACCUCAAAACACUCCGCUCCCCUUUCACAUCACCGUUCACUCGCUAGAGAGUGACUCCUGAAGACGAUGUGCUCCCCAUUUUGUAUCAUGCUAGUCCCUUCCACCUAAAUUGCCAGCUACGUGAGGAUAUCCGAUCCCGCCACAAAUUGUACCAGUUUUGCUGUGGAUUACCCAGCGUCCCGGAGUUGAUUGGAUAUUGUGCUGUCGGAUGUCUAUUUCUGCUGCCCUUUUGUAUCACUAUCCAACAAAAACCAACACUGACUGCCCUGUCCCCAAUGGGAAAGGGACGAGGUCGAUAUCAUUUCCAAGAGGAAAUGUCGCACUGUACUACCAUUUCGGGUCUAUCUGGAAAGAGAAGAAUCUCAGACCACCAAGGGCGAGAGUGGGAGAGGAAUGCUCGGUCGUAUCUGCUAUCAGAUUUGAACAACUCAGUCAUUGUCUCGGAUGCAGCGUAUGAAUGCUUCGUCUAGAGAGAAAAUUAACGCAAUGGAAUUGAUUUCUUCCAGAAGCUGUAGAGACCC